CAACCAAAACGCUGCGUAUUGUGACUGGGGAGCCUAACAUCAUCUUCUUCACUUGUUAGCCUCCUCUUCUUGGCAGAUUGCAACUGGAGAUUAGCAGAAGCUGCAAGCGCAAGAUCGUAUCGCUCGUGUGUCCAUGGCGUAUCGAAGACAUAUUGAAUGGUCAACAUAACAGAAAAAGUACACGAUACGCCGUUUGCCGUAUCCGAUACAUAUCGGAGGCGUAUCGUACUCGUAUCGUAUCGUAUCGGAGGAGUAUCCGAUACGAGGAUACCCUUCAUGACCGGCGUAUCGGUGCAAAUAUAGGCUAUAUUUCAUUCCAUUCCUUUCCUCCAUCCAAACGUACUGUAAAUAUAGAAUUUGAUGCAGUAUAUCUGGAGAUGGUUAUAUAUAUUUGUUGCACCUUGAAUUCCAUAGCUUAAUAAAUAGUGAACUUUUGCACACUGACAAACUAAAACUCAGUCUUUUUGCUACCUUCGCAGUUGAUUGUGGUGAUUUCUUCAUUCAGCAUGUCGUCCCUAAGGAAUGCUAUUAGCAGGCGGGCUCACAAGGAACGAGCUCAACCGGAAUCGAGGAAAAAAUUUGGGCUUCUUGAAAAGCACAAGGACUAUGUUGAGCGUGCAAAAGCAUAUCACUAGAAGGAGGAGACUUUACGGAGACUGAAGGAGAAAGCGGCCUUUAGAAACCCAGAUGAGUUCUACUUCAAGAUGAUCAAGACUCGAACUGUUGAUGGAGUCCAUAAAUUAGAGAGUCAGGCAAACAAGUACACUCCAGAAGAGCUCUUACUUAUGAAGACCCAAGAUAUUGGAUACAUACUUCAGAAAGUUCAGAGUGAGAAAAAGAAAAUUGAAAAGUUGACUGCAACACUCCACUCUCUUGACAAUCGGCCUUCAAGUAGACACGUUUACUUUGCUGAAGACAGGGAGGAGGCUAAAGAAAUUCAAUCAUGUUCAAAAAGUGGAACUAUGCCUGCUUCUGAGGACAUUCCUGAUCAUAUAAAAAGGAAAACAACUGCUUCCUACAGAGAGCUAGAAGCAAGGAGGAAUAGAGUCAAUGAGUUGGAGAAAAUCUGUACGGAUAUGGCAAUGCAGAAGGAAUUACAGAAAAAGGGUGGAAAACGCAAACUACGGGAAGAUGAGGUAGCCUGCCCAACAUCCAAACCUGUAUUCAAGUGGCGGGCUGAGCGUAAGCGUUGAAUAGGUAGGUGUUGAUCAGUGAUUAGUUUCUUUUUGUGUCUAGGUCUUUUUGCUUAUUUCUCAGCUUAAAAGUGUGUACUUCUUGGUGCUAUGACAAUACUAACAAGCAGUCUACAGUCAUUUUUGAAAUUUUGCUGAUUGACAUAAUCAGCCGUAGUAUAUGUAAUAAUGAGAUGCUACUUCUCAUCUAACACGUUGUUUGAAAUCUCAUUUAGAAUAGUUCAUA